GAUAAACGGGGCCUUAUCAAAUCGUUGUCUGCCGUGACGAGAAAGCGAGAGAGAAGAGAUAGCGAGCUUCCGACCUAUUUUCCUUCAGUUGUGUUCAUCAGUCUUUCUUGGCGGAAGGAGUUCUCCUCCGGGGUGUGUCUAGCAGUGGACGUUCAGGAAUCUCGGCCCAAGGUUACGAGCAUGAAAAGCGAUGUGUCGACCGCACGCACAAGAUCCCAGGAAAGUCGUGCAGCCCGCGCCGAAAGGACGAGUCUUCUGCUGCGCACCCUCGAACGACGGAUCAUGGUCAUAGAUGGCGCUAUGGGUACCAUGAUUCAGCGACUUGGCUUGGAUGAGGCCGCGUUUCGUGGCGCCGAGUUCCGGGACCACCCGCACCCUCUGCAGGGAAACAACGACAUCCUCAGCAUCACCAGACCCGACGUCAUCUUGGGCAUACACGAGGCAUACCUGGAAGCGGGUGCGGAUUUUGUUGAGACAAACACCUUCAGCUCGACGUCCGUCGGUCAGUCCGAUUAUGGAACAAGUAAUCUCGCUUACAGACUGAACCUGGCAUCUGCGAGACUAGCCUGUCAAGCUUGUCGAACAGUAGAGAAUGCUACAGGCAUCCCGAGGUUCGUUUGCGGAGCUCUGGGCCCGACGAACAAGACGCUGUCCAUCUCGCCUUCCGUGGAGAAGCCCGAGCAACGAGGCAUAGCCUUCGACGAUCUUGUGGCUGCGUACGCGGAGCAAACGCGAGGGCUCCUUGAUGGUGGAGUAGACGUUCUCCUGAUCGAGACCGUUUUUGACACUGCAAACUGUAAGGCUGCUUUGUUUGCAAUUCAGGAGGUGUUUAAAGAAGGCUACGACGAGGUUCCAAUUUUCGUGUCCGGGACGGUGGUGGACAAAAGUGGAAGGAAUCUUUCGGGGCAGACGACUGAAGCAUUUGUCGUGAGCAUUUCGCAUGCAAAGCCGAUGUGCAUAGGUCUCAACUGUUCGCUGGGUGCCAAAGAAAUGUGGCCGUACUUGGACAGGGUAUCCAAGAGCACGGACGCCUUUGUGAUCUGCUACCCUAACGCAGGCCUUCCAAACGCUUUUGGAGAGUAUGACGAAAGUGCUUUGCAAAUGUCUCAGCGUAUCAAGGAAUUCGCUGAGCACAAGUUGGUGAACAUAGUCGGGGGAUGCUGCGGUACCACGCCGGAGCACGUGCGUGCCAUAGCAGAGGCUGUGAGGGGUUUACCUCCUCGCACUCCUCCCUCAAGACUUCACGAUGGAUGUCUUUGCCUCUCGGGGCUGGAGCCCAUGAUAGUCGGGCCGCACACGCUGUUCGUCAACGUUGGUGAACGUUGCAACAUUGCUGGGUCACGGCGCUUCGCGGAACUCCUUCGGAAGGAUAAUUACCAGGAGGCAUUGAACGUCGCCAAAGAACAGGUUGAGAUGGGAGCCCAGAUUCUUGACGUCAACGUGGAUGACGGUCUGAUCGACGGUCCCAAAACCAUGACCAAAUUUCUCAACCUAAUUGCAAGCGAGCCAGACAUCAGCAAGGUACCCAUGUGCAUCGACUCUUCGAACUUCGCUGUCAUCGAGGCGGGUCUGAAGUGUCUCCAAGGCAAAGGGAUCGUAAAUUCCAUUAGUCUCAAAGAGGGCGAUGAGGUGUUCCUAAGAGAAGCUGGCGUCGUGAAACAGUUUGGCGCUGCUGUCGUCGUCAUGGCCUUCGACGAACGUGGACAGGCAACCGACGAACAGCGAAAAGUGGAGAUCUGCACGAGGUCUUACCACCUACUCGUCGACAAGGCUGGGUUCGAUCCAACCGACAUCAUCUUUGACCCCAACAUCCUGACCAUCGCAACGGGCAUGGAAGAGCACAGCAACUACGCCGUUGACUACAUCAACGCUACACGACGGAUCAAGGAGACGCUUCCAGGUGCCCGCGUGAGCGGUGGGGUGUCUAACCUCUCCUUCGCAUUCCGAGGCUUGGACCGCGUCAGAGAGGCGAUGCACAGCGUGUUCCUCUACCACGCCAUUGCCGCCGGUAUGGACAUGGGAAUAGUGAACGCAGGGUGCCUGCCCGUCUACCAGGAGAUUGACAAGGAACUUCUUUCUUUGUGCGAAGACGCGGUGCUCAACAAGAACACGGGCGCCGCGGAAAAGCUUCUCGAGUACUCCAAGCUUUUAAAUGAUGGAGAGAAGUCGCCUCAUCAAGCCGAAAGCUGGAGGAAGGAAUCGGUGGAGCAGAGGCUUUCAUAUGCCCUGGUAAAGGGAGUCGAUACAUACAUUGAGGAGGACGUUGAAGAAGCGAGACAGCAAAAAGAAGCUUAUCCACGAGCACUCAACAUUAUUGAGGGACCCUUAAUGGCGGGCAUGAGCAUUGUGGGCGACCUCUUUGGGGAAGGAAAGAUGUUCCUGCCACAAGUCAUCAAGUCCGCGAGGGUGAUGAAGAAGGCGGUCGCCUACCUCGUUCCUUUCAUGGAAAGGGAAAAAGAACAGAUGCGAGCCACAGAGAACAGAUCGGGUGCCGACGACGUGAGCAGUGCUGCUGGAGUCGUUGUACUGGCGACUGUACGAGGCGACGUGCACGACAUUGGCAAAAACAUUGUGGCGGUUGUCCUGGCCUGCAACAAUUUCAAGGUAAUCGAUCUAGGUGUGAUGACACCCUGUGAAAAGAUACUCGCCACUGCAAGAGAAACAAACGCUGACAUCGUCGGCAUAUCCGGUCUCAUAACACCCUCCCUCAACGAGAUGGUUCACGUGGCUCAGGAAAUGAGUCGGAACGAAUUUUCGAUACCCCUGCUCAUUGGGGGCGCCACAACGUCCAAAAUCCACACCGCCGUCAAAAUUGCCCCAAAUUACCAGAACCCAGUGAUCUACGUUCCGGACGCUUCAAAAAGUGCCGUCGUGUGCUCGACACUGCUCGACAGAAAAGCCAAGAUGUCCUUUGUCAACGAGCUGCGAGAUGAGUAUGAAGAGCUUAGAGAAGACUACUUCGAUUCGAUGAAAGACAAGAAAUACGUUUCGUUAGAGCACGCCCGUAGGAAUAAGCUUCAUCUCAAUUGGGAAGGAAGCCUCAAGCCAAGAAAGCCGACGUUUCUUGGGACCAAAGUUUUUGAGGACCAGAACAUCGACGAUCUGCUCCCCUACAUCGACUGGAAGCCAUUCUUCGACGUCUGGCAACUAAGGGGAAAGUACCCUAACCAGCGCUACCCCAAAAUAUUCGAGGAUGAAAGUGUAGGUCAAGAAGCCAAGAAGAUCUUCGACGAAGGCAACGAAAUGCUGACAGAUAUCGUAACUCGGAACCUACUGCGGGCCAGAGGGGUUAUCGGAUUCUAUCCAGCGAACAGCGAUGGGGACGACAUCAUCGUUUACGAUGACCCGUCGCGCACGCACGAAAUUGCAAGGUUUUUCGGGCUCCGGCAGCAGAUUUCUCGGAAGCCAGAUAUGCCUUUUCAUUGUCUGUCGGACUUUGUUGCCCCGCUGGAAAGUGGCGUACACGAUUACGUUGGCCUCUUCGCAGUCUCUGCUGGCUUCGGUUGCGAAGAAGCUUGCACGAGGUUUCGCAAAGAAAACGACGACUUCAAAGUCAUCAUGAUCCAAGCCCUCGCGGACAGGCUAGCGGAGGCAUUUGCAGAAAUGCUUCACGAGCGAGUCAGGACGGAGUACUGGGGCUACUGCGCGGAAGAAAACCUCGAUCUUCAGCACCUCCACUCCGUCAAAUAUCAGGGAAUCCGACCUGCUCCGGGCUACCCGUGCCAGCCUGACCACUCUGAAAAGCUCACGCUGUGGAAACUGCUGAACGUCAGGGACACUACUGGCAUCGAGUUGACAGACAGCCUCGCGAUGUGGCCGGCAGCCUCUAUCUGUGGACUGUACUUCGCACACCCGCAAGCCACUUACUUCUCGCUGGGAAGAAUCACUGGAGAACAGGUCCAAGAUUACGCGGCCAGGAAGCGUACAACGGUUGAGGACAUCUUGAAGUGGCUGGGACCUAUUCUGGAUACCGACUGAGGAGCGUUCACUUUCAGCGGCACAAAUAUUAAUUCAGCUGAAUUGAAAAAAAAAAAAAAAUAUAUUACGGGGGUCGAUCAAGAAAAUGAGACCCGGCUUUUUGACCCCCAUCGAGAAACUACUCAUCGCAGACAGCUGGGACUUUGUGAAAAUGUGACAAUAGGGCGGUGGCGAUAAGAUGCAAAAGUUUGAGCACAUGAAGUUACCUGAAUCAAAAGAUACAAAACAAAAACUCGAAAUGUAUCCGUGAGCCGACGUCCACCUAAGCCUAAUAUUCAUCGAACGCGAAAUUCGAGGUUGUGGGUCCGUGUAGCAUAUAUUUUAGUAAGACACUUUGUCAGCAAGAAAGAAGGCAAAAACGUAUUUCUCACUAACAAGUCUUUUUACUGAAAUAAAUGCUGCAAGCGCCCACAAACCCAAAGUUCCGUUUGACGAUUAUCAGGCUUAGGUGGGCCGUAGAUAAAUUUCGCUUUUAUUUUGUCUCUUGAUCCAGGCAACGUAAUGUACUUAAACUUUUCCCACUUUAUCAGCACCGCUAGCGUCACAUUCCCACGGAGCAUUGGCUUUCUGCGAUGCGUGUAGUUUAUUUAUGCGAACCAAAAAAUUGUGUUUCAUUCUCUCGCUUGAUCGCAGUAUUAUAUAUUGUUCAAAUGCCGUCUACUAAUAUCUUUAGCUGUGUACUAUCUCUUAUUGCUCAUUAGCUGAAGCCAACGUGCAGUUCUGAAGUCACGCCUCCACGCCGGCACUGCUGUUGGCACGGAGCAAGUGCUGCAAACACAAUUUACUCCAUGCAAAUUGGCUUCCGCGCACGCGCAAUGCACAUGCCUGGUUGUGGGCAAACACGGACUUGUUUGUAAACGCUAGUAUACAGACGAUCUCAUCAAUGCCUGUGGCGCUGAGAAUAUUAAAAAUCCGCAGGGUCUCAUGUUAUCCCUAAGACGACUGAGAGCCCAAGCGCCGAUGCAUUAAAGACUGACACAUGA